AUGGCGAUCAAGUAUCUCAUCACAGGUGCGACUGGAGGUCUUGGCAAGCAUGUGCUUCGCUAUUUCGUCGAAAAUGUACCUUUAUCUGAAUUUGCUGCUGCAUCGUCCAAGUCUUCAAACAAAUCCAUGUUUGAGGACCGCGGAAUCGCUUUCCGUCAUAUCAACUACGACGAUUCCAAAUCGCUUGAUACGGGACUGCACGGUGUCGAGAACCUGCUUUUUAUCAGCUCCGUUGGAAGUGCACGGAUCGAGCAGCAUAGCAGACUUAUAGAUGCUGCCAAGAAAGCAGGGGUGAAGCAUGUAUGGUAUACAUCGCUCGCUUUUGGUGGUUUCGGGAAUAACUCGCGAUCUCCAAUACAAGCAGAGCAUGUACUUACAGAAAAGUUGCUCAAAGAGUCCGGUCUUACAUAUACCUCCAUCAGGGAAGGUAUAUACAUGGAAGCAUUUUCUGUCUUUCUUGACUGGCACCCGGAAACGACAAAACUCAUCCUCCCUGCGGACGGGGAGGUAGCAUAUACUCUCCGUGCUGACCUUGGAGAAGGCACCGCUCGCAUCAUGAUUCGCGGCGGUUAUGAAAAUCAAAUUGUUCUGUUUACAGCAGAGGAGGCAAUUGGUGCCAAGGAAAUAGUAGACAUUAUCAAUGAGACUACUGCUCGGCAGGUUAAGCUUGAAGUUGUCUCACGGGAGGAGUACCUUCAUCUAAGCACUACGCAGGACGAGGGUGGCAGGCCCAGGGAAUACUUUGAGAUGAUUGCUACUAUAUGGGACGACAUUGUCGAUGGAGCGUUAUCUACAACCCACCCGUUGUUGCACGAGAUUUUAGGGAGAGAACCUACUAAACCUCGAGAUGCCCUGAGGCAGUUAUUGGUGGAGAACAGAGAUUACGUAUAUCCAUAG